AUGGGGUUGUUCCAGUAUGUUCGAAUGCCGUACGGAAUCUCAAGUGCACCUGCAGUUUUCCAGGCAAUCAUGAACGAGCUGUUGAAAGGACUACCGGGAGUGGUAUGCUACCUCGACGACGUCCUCAUCACGGGAGCAUCGCAUACCGAAUGCCUGGCCCGGGUGGAAGCAGUCCUGCAGGUUUUCAGGGACCACGGCGUAAAAGUGAGAAAGGAAAAAUGCAAGUUUUUUUUGAAUUCUGUCAAAUAUCUUGGGCAUAUCAUUGACGAAAAUGGUGUGCACCCGUGCGUCGAGAAGGUUGAAGCCAUAAGGGAAGCACCCACACCUAAGAACAUCAGUGAGCUUAAAGCGUACCUCGGCAUGAUAACUUUUUACUCCAAGUUCAUGCCAAACAUGUCUUCGAGGCUAAAGCCUUUGUAUGCACUGCUUCAGAAGGAUAAGAAGUGGGUCUGGUCCGCAAAAGAAGAAAAAGCCUUCGCGGAGAGUAAGAGCCUCCUUACGCAAGCGAGCGUGCUAACAUUCUAUGACCCAAAGAAGCCUCUUGGAUUAGUCUGCGACGCCUCACCUUAUGGGAAUGCAGUGCAGCACACCAAGACACCACCUUACCACCCAGCUUCAAAUGGCACGGCGGAGAGGCUUGUCCAGACCGUCAAGCGAAGCUUCAUCAAACAGCUACGGGACGAGCAGAACACGGGAGCGACUCGGACGAUGCAGCAUCGGGUAGACCAGUUCCUGUUCACCUACCGAAACACACCGUGUUCGACGACCGGUAAGACGCCAGCCGAACUGUUUCUCUAA